AUGGCAGGUAAAACCGUCCGGGUGGGGUCACAGAUGAAGUAUCUGGGACUCACCAUCGACAGCCAGUGGACGUUCGAGCCGCACUUCGACUCACUGAUCCCGAAGGUGUCAGCGGCUGCCGAUGCCCUGUGCGGCCUACUACCGAACAUCGGCGGGGCCGGAGACGCGGUGCGUCGACUCUACGAGGGCGUCGUUCGGUCACGAGUGAUGUACGGGGCCCCAGUAUGGACGGACGACCUGAUGGCAAGCCGUCGCAGCAUUCUGCUCCUGAGAAGGCUGCACAGAGUGACCGCCAUCAGAAUCAUUAGGGGAUACUGGACGGUGUCUCACGCGUCGGCGUCCACCCUAGCCGCGUCCCCCCCGUGGGAGCUGCGGGCGCUGGCGCUCAAAAAGAGAUACACCCGCCGGAGAGAAUGGCACCCGGGAGAAGACCCCACCGAGCAGGCGGCUCCAAACGACACAGGAACCGCCGAGGAGGACACAUGGAACCUGUGGCGAUCCCAACUGAUCAACGGGAGAAGCGAACACCGAGGCGCGGAUGCGGUCCUACCAAACUGGGAGGCAUGGAGGAGCCGCCACGGCCUCCCACUCACAUUCAGGAUGACACAAGUGCUCCCCGGACACGGCGUGUUCGGCGAGUUCCUGAAGAGAAUAAGGCGAGAGACGACAGACAUCUGCCACCACUGCGGAGAGGGCAGGGACACAGCGCAGCACACCCUGGAGCUCCGUCCGGCGUGGGAGCUGCCCCGCUACACCCUGCGGCACGCCAUAGGAGAAACGUGGACCCCCUCAGCGAUUGUGGAAGCGAUGUUGAGAGGGUCACAGGAAUACGAGGCCGUCCGCCUCUUCUGCGAGCGAGUUAUGCUCGCGAAGGAGCGAGCGGAAAGGGAGAGAAAGAAAAACUCUCACCCCUGCAGGAUAAGACGAUGGAGAAGGAUGGCAGUCAGACGACCCAGAGCCGCCCCGCCACCACCCCAACGGACUACGACCAGAAGAAGUGACAGCACUAGGGGCAACGACCUCCCCCUAACGCCCACUCAAUAG